AUGCGGCUGUCGACUCUCGUAAUCUCAACACCUGCGAGGCGGCUAUUGUUGGACGGGGACUCUUCUGUCGGUGUGCGGUCGAUCACCAAUCGUCUCAACACAUGCGCUCGUUCUCGCACCCGCCACAAGAACGACGACGUGAAGUCGCAAAAUGCCAGAAACAUCUCUGCCUGCGCGGCAUCCGUGGCAUCCAUCGUACAUGCAAAGCAGAUCAGAAAUCCCUCCCGAGAGGCGGCUACGACGGCCACACAACCGGCCCAUCUCGAAGAUUCCUUCAGCCUCAACACGCCUCACCCGUCAUCUUCACACGCCUCCGAGUUUCGGAUAACUCAUCACUCACACGUCUAUUUCGACAUUCGCCACAAGGCAUCCUUCGUACUGACCAAUCGAAAGCCGGUGCCUGAGAGCCAAAACGCUUCUGCCGAGGUCGACGAAAGGCACUACGGCAACUCAAUGUCUGCUGUAGCCAUUGAGAGACGGCGAUGGAACGGCACGCCACGUUGGGACCCGAGAACGAAAAUGUGCUGCCUUAGAGUGAUUCCAGGCAGGCCCUAUACUGCCCUAUCCGAUCGGAGGGAAUUCGUUUGCCUACGCCGACUUUUUUCGUGUCGAGAAUCUUCCCAACCGUCAGAGUGCUAUGUGUUGGGCCGGCUAUUAUGUGUGCUGCCGAGGAAGGUGAGUGCAUCAACACAACAGUCUUCAAAGCAAAAGCAUCAAAGCUACCAACAACACACUCUCGAGCAUCACUACCAAGCUCCUCAAUCGACCACCAAAUCAACCAAAACCACCAAACCAAACCAAACCAAACCAAACCAACCAACCAACCAACCAACAACAAAAAUGCUUCCACUCGUCGCCAACGUCUCCACCGUCGAGGACCUCCCCUUCGCCAAGUCCAGCGACAAGCUCCGCGCCUUCCUGGCCGGCACCUUCUCACCAAAGGGCCACGGCUCCCAAACCCCAGUCUCCGGCGCUCAAACCCCAUCGACCCCACGAGCACGCUCUCCAGUCCGCAAGACUGAGGCGGCCAAGCUCGCAGCAGAGGAGGCCAAGCCUCGCUCCACUAGCAGGAUGAGCAAGGCGAUGGAGAAGGGCUACUUUGCCUUCUAA